AUGUCAUACACGAGGCAUUUUAUCAGAAUUGAGGCUCCAUCAGAAUGGCUAUAUGCAUGCUCAAAUGGAUCUACUUUUAAACAGCUGUGCAUCGUCUCAAUUGCGAUGCGAGCCAAAGAUUUGGCAAGAAGGGUUUUAAGCUCGCAAGGAAAGACAACUAUUUCCUUUAAUAACAUCAAAGGGGAGGCCAGUCAAAAUCAGUAUGGAUUUGUUAUUAAGAGGAUUUUGCAAACAAAUGAAGUAACGGAUGAUGAAAGGGCAUAUCUACGAUUUAUGAAUAUAGUUGUUGAAGUUUGCAAAAUCAACAACUCAACAUUUCGUUUAGAAAGGAAACCUGAUUUGCAUAUCCCGCGCUACUUCAUCUAUCCCAAUUUUGAUUGUGGUUUACAGGACCUGGAUUGUGAUGAAUUGGAGAUUACAAUUGAAGAGUGUUUUUCCAGGCAUGAAAAUCAAGGAGAAAAUAAUGCUAAUAGAACCAGAGAAGAAGAAGAAGACUUGUGUGACUGCUGUAAGAAGGGAAUCAAAGCUAGAGAAAGAAGUGAAGGGGACAUGGACUCGGACGUAGGAGAAGACGAGGUGGACGAAAAAAAGGAGGGGAACACCGACGAGACAGAGACAGAGACAACGAUGGACAUAGAAGAAGACGAGGUAGAGGAAAAGGAGGGGAACACCGAUAAGACGGAGGCAGCUGUGGACAACAAAGAAGAGGAGAGUCACAGAGACGAGAUGAAAGGAGAAGAGGCGAACACGGACGAGAAAGAGACACUCUCCGAUGACGAGAAAGAGGCACUGUCCGAUGACGAUAGAGAGACCGUGCUGUACAAUGAUAAUGAUGAAGAUGAACCUAUGGACGUAGAGGGCAUAGAAGAAAAUGAAAUUAAUGAACAAAAUGCAGAUGUAGGAGAGGAACAAGAAAAAGAAGAAGGAAAGGAAAAAAAACAAAAAACCGAAUAA